ACGAUAUCCAGGCUGCCAUUCGGAUAGCAGGGUCCACAGAAGCGUUCCGAGCAAAAAGGGUGUCCCGGCACACAAUGAACAGUUAGAUCUUGAUGUUUACUCCUUUCUUUUUCUCGGAAGGAUGCCGUUUGCUUUUCAAUUUUCUGAGCCCAGGAAGCAUUUUGUUUUUUUGGUUUGCGGAAUCAGAGACCCGGAAGGAUUUUUGAGUCAAAAGACUGCUGAAGCUGUAGGAUUUAAGGGUCGGACGGAUCGGACCGCCUAGGGACGAAAACGUGGCGCUGAGGGGGAAGACAGAAACACAGGAGGGGAAAGAAGUGGAGUCCAGUGAGUGAAAACAGCCUCGAGGCGGUGAAUCGAAGUUGUGCCACUAAUUACCAACGUUUGCGCGCUGGCAAAUCUUCGGCUAUUUUUUCCUUCUUUUUUCUUCCUUUUUUUUGGGGAGUCCUAGAGAGGACCUCAGUCCUGCACGGUGCGUCGGGUGGAUUGCAUCUGCUCGUGGAGGCAUAGCACAACACCCGCCUCCAGAAGAGCAGUAUCUCUUUUAUAGUCACUUCCCCUCCCCUCAACUGAGAUCGUCUAUCUCAUCAAAGUGAAUAUUUUCCUUCGAUUCCUUCGCCCCCCCCCCUCCCUUUCUUUUUGAGACUUGCUGCAAAACCUUGAAAAGAAAAAAAGAUGCCCAUUCAUUGAUGUGUCUGCUUUGCAUCUCUAGUUGUGGAUAAUUGGUGCUUUCUUCCAUAGGAAACUAACUGCAGAGGAUUCGUCAACAAUUUGCCUUUGUACUUAGCAAGACCGCUGGAUUUGCCAUUUAAGGAUGAAUGUUGCAUGUAGCCUCUAGGAAGGAAAAGCAGAUCAACAUCUGCAAGGGAAAAUUUUACGAGAUAGACAUAUUUUUCAAAAUAUGAUUUUUUAAGAAAAUCAUUGAUUUUUAGCUUUCUUUUAGCAAAACCAGUACCUUACAAAUUAUAUAAGAAAAUAAAUAAUAAUGGAAAAUGCUUUAAAAUUAAUGAAAAUCAUUCUUUGACGCGAUAAUUUUUUAUUCAACAUUUGAUUCUGAAAUGAAGGCCUGUUUGAACUUGAAUACUUCCGAAAAUUAAAAUAAAUAAAGCAAUAAAAUUAUUUAUAAAGAGGAAACUGUACGUAUUUCCAUAUUGAUUACUUCAUUAACAAAUUUAUUAUCUAAAAUUUUGAUGAACGCACAUUUACAGAAUAAAUCAUUCGUUGUUUUCAAAUAAUUGAAAACUUCAUUAUUAAAAUGCAAAUCGCUAAUGGUUGAUCUCGAAGAUUAAUUGCUUUUUUCGUCCAUUAUGUCAUAUGACAAUCUAUUAUACGAAAAAUAAAAGUGUGCUGAAAGCCUUACUUUCAAGGUCAUGUUUUCUCCAUUUUUCUCUGCCAAUUUCAAAUCAUUAAUAGCAAGAAAGCUACAAAAGAAAUGAGCCAAUCUACACUUGCGUUUUUUUCGAAAUAAAUCGAUGAGAAAUGAACAAUUUACUACCACAGAAUUAACUUAAAAUGCUCAACACAUCUGUGACUUAAAUUAGGGUCAAAGUGAGCACUCAAGCAGUUAUAAACAAUCACGUAUGACGACUGACACUUGAUGGAAGUUGUAAAAAAAUGAUUCUCAGAUGAUUUGAAGUUUAAGGAAAAACAAUGAAGUUGAAAGUCCAUUUUGAACCCGCUUUUUAAAAAUGGUAACAGUAUCAAGCCCCCCACCUCAGCUGUCAUCCACUUCGAUGUUGGAGACAGAAGAAGUGGAUGUGACAAAAAUGGACGGACUGUUAGAAAAAUUGAAGUCAAGCAUGGUGGAGUUGAUUCUGCAAGGUGAUGACGUAACACGUCAAAUGUGGCACAUGUAUUCUGUCUUCGAAGAGAUCUUUGGCCGCCAGACGAUGACUACCUCAAGCAAUCAGCCUCUGAAGCACGUGGUGGUCGGAGACAGAAUAAAAGGAUCCUCUGUGAGCCCAUCCAAGCCUACGCGCACCACUCCUACUAGUCCUCUAGUCUCAUCGCCCGUCUCCAAAGUGCCGGUUUCUUCUGUACCUACACCUGUAACUAUUGUUACUACUUCGGGAACUACUACACUUUCGAGUCCGACGAACUCUACAAUCUCUGCUUCUUCACCAAAGGAUGUAAAGACUGUAUCGUCCGAAAGCAAUCAAUCAUCAACAUCACCUCAGCAAAAGCCUCCUAAACAUACACCUGUACCUCCACAAGUACCAACUGCCAAAUCGACUCCUCCAUCUUCAGACAAGACUCCAGAAAGCCCAAAGGUACAACUUGAUACAUCUCUGCCUCGAAUUCAGAAGGAUUCCUCACCAAGUAGUAGUAAUCCGAUGACGCCGGUUACGUCUUCCAUCAAUCCUACAUCCAAUCCUUUAUUGGAUACCAUAGGAGUGUUGGCCAGUUCCAAUCCGGAUUCAGAUGACUCAGACCUGGACAUUGUCUAUCAGCAACUCAGGUACCGUGGAAGACAAAGAAAACCAGAGCAAAUGAGGAUCAGAACGCAUCGAGCACACAGACAUCAACAACAACAAGUUGCUAGCAGUGAUCCGGAAUCGAUCGGUUAUGCAGGUUCCAAUUCGAUCGACAGCGGCUACAAGAGCCUGUGCGCAACACCAGAAGUGUCCGACAGUUUGAGUGCACCAGAGGUACGUCGAAGUGCGUCUGAUGUCAGCGCUUCAGAUUCGUCGACUACAUCCGGUAGACCUCGAAGUUUGGACGGGCAAGAGGGUAAAUCUUCCAAGAUUAAGAUGGGGACCCGAUCCAUCACAGGGAAACUCAAAGCGAUGGACAGGUCGCCAAGGCAUGUUCCGUCGAGUUCAGCCAUGAAUGAUGUCAAUCUAGAUCACCUAAUGUACUUGAGGCAGUCACUGCGUAAAGAUCGUCCAGAUGCACAGCGCUCGCCAAAUGAUUCCAUUCCUUCUUCUGCGACUUCGAGUACUUUUCGAGAUAGCGAUCUGUCCCCUCGUACAGUGCCAGACGAUGACUGGAGAGAGCAGUGUCGACCGUAUCCGUUUCGUAGUACAAGUUCAUCUUCCGAAUCCACAUUCACAGUUCGGGAUGGCAGGAGUUCCAGAGAGAGCUGCAGAGGAGAGGACAUUGAUCAAGAAGGGGGUGGUGAAAGUUCCUCGGAUUUUUUGUUAAGUGGCGUCGAGUAUUACGACCUAGAGAGCAUUCAAGAAUUUCCUCCCGGUAACAAUUACGUUACGAUGUUGGAAGAGAAGACCAGGUGUGCGAGAUUCCAACUCGUUUCAGCUUCAAAGUGCGCCGAACCCCUCAGCGAAAGCCAUUUAAGUUCCUUGUACAGAAAAAGAAGCGAAUCGGCCCACUCCGUUGAAGGCGAUAUGAGAAGCCAACAGCAGCAAAUAUACGGUGUUCCCGGACACGCAUCGCGAUCGACGCGGACUGCUACCAAAUUACUCUCUAGGCAUCACAGACAGCAGCACCAUGCAACUGAUUCCAAACUGACAGAAGCUGCUAUUCGUGUCUUGGAAAUGAUAGAAGACUUUCGCAUGGAGGAGGCUAUUUCGCGUUCCAGCAGAGUUAUUCCUUAUCGUGCACCUGUCGAACAUUCAUCCCAAAUGCUACCCAGUGCAUCAGGUGCAUCCAGCAAUCACCCGUCCGUUGACAUGAUACACCAAACAAUCCUCCCAAGGUACAGGAGGACAACGGGUAUGAGGUCGGCAGGUCGACCGGCCUCCACUGGUUCCUUGAUGGAACAAGAAAUAGAUGCUCGCAGCGUGGCCUCUGCUUCAUCAUACGCAGCAUCUGCAGAGCACCAUGUCUACGAGGAGAUUAUGUACGACCUCGUAUGCGAAAGGGAAAGGGCCGUGCCACCUCCCAUACCACCCGAAAGAAUUGCUAGGAGCCGUCUCUUGCCUAUGCCACCAUCCCGGCACCAACAAGCUUAUGCAGCAUCUAUGUCCAUGGAUCCACGCAGAGCUAUGGUUAGAAGCCACAAGCACCGAAGCAGUAGCAGUUUGUAUUCUGUACUUUCCAAUUCCCACGGACGAAGUAGUGUGGAUAGGUAUCUAGAGAUGGAAUGGCACCUCGCCCAAGAAAGACGUGGCAACUUGCCACCAGAUUUUCCUGUAUAACCAUAACGCAUAUCAAUCAGAAAUGCGCGCAACUUCAAUCAUGUCCUUCGGAGGUCAAUAAGCUGCCAGUCGCUGGCCGGUUGAAGCUUGUUGUAAGUAGACGAGUCCUUAUAGCACAGUUGCAGCUGAUUCGAAUGGUGUUGUCACAAGAAAUAGAAAUUUUCUAUUGUUUUUCUCCUGUUAGAUGUGCAACAGUGAUAUGAGGGCAGACAAAGCUGUAUGAGUAUUAUGUACCGAAUGAAGAAAUAACAUCAUUAUUAUUAGUGAAUGGUUGAUAAAAACGUUGAUGUUAGAAUUUUUAAAAAAAACAAACGCGGCGUAUAUUGAGUGUUAAGGAAUUAAAAAAAAUGGGAAAUAGAUUUAUACUAGUUCAAUCAAAACAUAUUGGUGCUUACAUUCUUUUUCUCAGAGAAAUUAGUCGUACAUAACAGAAUUAUGUAAUACCUAUGUACAAGUUUUAACUUGAAAUGCAUAGAAAACUUGACUUGAACUUAUAAACAAAUUCAUUUGUCCCUGGUUUGAAAGGAAAGUUUGUAGCUAUUUAAGUUUUAAAUGCUUAAUUUUUUUUAAAAAAAAACAUUAUUUUAAUAUUUAUUUUAAAUUUUAAGUGUAACACUGUUUGUUUUUUUUCAAAUAUGAAUUUAAAGAUUAAAGAAAAUAGAUAAUUAAGCAGUAAAUGUUUAAUUUCUGAUUAGUUUCUACAAUGCUAAGCGGGUUUGAGCAUCUCUAUCGUGAAGUGAUAUUAGUUUAACAUGGUUUAGGUAUUCGAUUAUUUUUCUUAAUAGUAGCAGUAAAUAAUUUCAGCGAGACUGGAUAAUCAAAUUUUAGAUAAUCAUAUAGUCGUUUAUUUCUCCGUUAUAUAUCUACAGGUCACUGAAGCUGGGUUAACAAAAAUAAAUUUUGUUUCUUAUAUUUUUUAUAUAAAAAAGAUUUUUGCAUUUAGUUUUCAAAGGGCUUCCAGAUAUUUUAACAAAUUAAGCAGACAUUAUCAAAUUAUCGUAUAAUUUAAAAAUCAUUUUAAAGAAUCUUUUCUUAGUCUAAAAAAAUUGGAUUUAGAAUUGUGAUUGAAAGAAAUAUCAUUCUACAACUCAUGUUGUCUUUAAAAAAUUGUAAGCUUUUUUUUACUUUGAUUACAAUAGAUGUUAUUUUAUAAAAAGAAAUAACGUCCGAAUUGAAACAAAAAUUAAGAGUCAUUAUUUAAUAUCUCGAUAUUAAAUAUUCCAUUGGGUAUUGAUAUUUGACAAUCACACAUUUCUCAGUUGAAUGCAAGAAUUUAAAAAAAUUUUAUGUUAAAAAAAAUUUAAAUUUUAUUAAACUGUCAAUAAUACUACACAUUUCUUAUCUGAGUUUUCUUUCAUAAAUAAAUAAAUAAAUAAAAAAACCUUGAUGAAUUUUUUUCUUAAACCCUUUAAAAGCAAAAGUACUGCUAAUCUUUAAAAAGAGAAAUUAAUAUGAAUUGUCCAAUUACUCCAUUAAAAAUCUUUAAUCAUUACAUUUUACUCAAAAGAACUAGUCGAAUUGAAAUUCGAUAUAUUUACUCUAAUUAUUAUAUACUAAUUAUAAACAUAAUAUUCAAUACACAAUUUGUAACUUUUUUUCAAAUUUAACUGAUAAGAAGAUAAUGAAUGUUUUUGCCAUUUUGUGGGUUAAAACUACGGGAAUAAAAAUAUAGCUUCUUUUUGUUGUGCUUUGGUUGCAAAGCUUCAAAUAGAAAGCUAAGAUUUGAUUCAGAAUGAAACCUUAUAUUUAUCUAGAAUUUUCUUUUGGUUAACAUUUUGUUAUGAGCUAUUUGAAAAGUUUAUUAACCGAAAUUGUUGGUAUCUUGAAUGAUAUCGACAUCUUAUUUCGGAGUAUAUUUAGCAGCCAUUAAAUAUUCUUUCGUGUGUAAAUUGCAGAAGAUUGUUUUAUGUGCAAACUUAGUAAGAAAACCUUAUGAUAUAUGCCAUUAAAAUGCCUUCAAUUCUUAAUGUAUUAUGCAAUACUUAACCCGUUUUUUAAAAGACAUCUUCAGAAAAGGUUAUUAAUUAAGGGAAAACAUAAUUUUGUUUAGUUUUGCCGAGACUUCCUUGUUCAUUAGAAUAAGAAUGAGCAGCAUUUCUGAAUCUAGUUGAUUUGUAUCACACAUAAUUAUAUAAAGUUAUCUGAGGAAUUAAAAUUAUGUGAAUACAAAGCUAAUCUUUUAUGCUAUGAAAAGUAUUAAAAUACAUUAAAAGCAAUAUAAAUUAGAGCUCCUUAAUGGACUAUAAUUUAAAAUAAUUUUGUUCAUAACAUUUUAUUCAAACGAAUUACUGAACAGGCUUUUUAAAGACUGUCUGAUAAUGUUUCAUUUAAGGUGCAGAUUGUAAAUUCUAUUUCAAACAAUUUUGCUUUUUUUUU